CCUCAUCUACACCAUUAUCACCUAAGGAAACAGAAGCACAGAGAGAGGAGAGGCAGAGGUAGCAAGACAGAAACUCCCCAACUCCGGAUCCAAGACAACAGAGAGGAUGACAGCAGCUUCUGCCCUCUCUCUGGCACUGCCAGUGGCUUCCGUCAACCGGAGGCAAGCUGUCAUCUCAGCUUCUGCUAAGCCAUCCAAUGUAACCCCGGCGUUGCCGGCGCAGGCCCCCAUCGGAAUCAAGGCAGCGUCUCCUCCCUCCCCACUGAAGGAGCAGGCAGUCACCGGCCUGACUGCGCUGGCCUUGACAGCUGCGAUGGUAGUCCCCGAGAUGGCAGAGGCGGCGCAGCCCGGACUGUCACCUUCUCUAAAGAACUUCCUGCUCAGCAUAAUCUCAGGCGGCGUGGUGGUCGGAGUCAUCAUCGGUGCGGUGAUCGGCGUCGCCAACUUCGACCCUGUCAAGAGGACGUAGGAAGAAAGAUUAGGCGAAGGAAAAAGCCAAUGCGGGUUGCAAGUUCUCUUUUUCUGUUUUACUGGCAUGGCUCUGUAAACAAUAUGUACUCGGUUCUGUUCUGGUCUCUGUAUUAUGUUGUUGAUGUGUAAGAGUUUGGGCCGAAAUUGAAAGAAAAUGCAGACUAAUUUUCGAUUUAAAAA